AUGCCGCGCCGGCGGCACGUCGUGUGGCUUUGUCGGACAGGCCGGGCAGCCAAUGGGAGGCGGCGGGGGCCGCCCCGCCCGUCGCUCGCCGCCCUGGGCCUACUCCUCGGCCUGGGGUUGCUGCUGGGCUCAGGUGAUUGCCAGCUGCAAACAUCUUGUCGAAUCCAGAAGUGCACGACCGAUUUUGUCUCCUUAACUUCGUAUCUAAACUCAACUCUUGAGGACUUUGAUUUGGAGUUCUGCAAGGCCCUGCGAGGGUACUCUGCCUGUACCUACCGCAAUUCCAAAGUAUGCCGUGGAAACCUAGACUACCAUUCUGUGGUGCUUGGGAUCAGCGACCUCAUGAGACAGAGAAACUGUUCCAAAGAUGGACCCACAUCCUCCACCAACCCUGAAAUCACCCAAGAUCCCUGCGACUACAGUGGCCACACAGAAGCCAGAAAACAUCAGGGAGGGGAGAAGAGUCCUCCUACUACUUACUUAUUUUGUGGCUUGUUUGGUGAUCCUCAUCUGAGGACUUUUAAGGAUCACUUCCAGACGUGCAAAGUGGAAGGCGCUUGGCCCCUGAUAGACAAUAACUACUUAUCAGUGCAAGUGACCAACGUACCUGUGGUCCCAGGAUCCAGUGCGACUGCUACAAAUAAGAUAACUAUUAUCUUUAAAUCAUACCAAGACUGUACAGAUCAGAAAGUAUAUCAAGCAGUGACUGAUGACUUGCCUGCAGCUUUUGUUGAUGGUACAACAAGCGGAGGUGAUGGGAACACCAAGAGCUUGCGAAUUGUGGAGAAAGUCAGUGGCAAAUACGUCGAAAUGCAUGCCAGGUAUAUUGGGACUACAGUGUAUAUACGCCAGCUUGGGCACUACUUAACAUUGGCCAUUCGCAUGCCUCGAGAGUUGGUCAUGGCCUACGAGGAGAGCCAGGAUCUGCAGCUGUGUGUGAAUGGUUGCCCUUCAAGCGAACGUAUUGAUGAUAGUGGCCACUUACCAUUGCCUGUGGGGCAAUUAGUCCCUCAGAGUGGUGCUGCUCAUCCCCGGUCAGUGUACACACUGGAAACUGCCACCACCAAAUGCCAUGAGAAGAUGCUGGUGAAAGACAUCUAUUUUCACUCAUGUGUAUUUGACCUACUCACCACUGGUGACGCUAACUUCACAGCUGCUGCUCACAGUGCCUUGCAGGAUGUGGAGGCACUGCACCCCAGAAAAGAGCACUGGCAUAUCUUUCCCAGCAGUGAAGGUGGUGGUGUGGGAAGGGGUAGCAGAUUCUCUGUCUCUCUUGGACUUGUAUGCUUGAUCCUUGUUGCGUUUUUGCAGAGGUUUUUUUGUCUAUAACAAAGUUUUGAAAUAUAUAUUGUCAUAAUAUAUUGAGUAAAGAUGAAUAUAUAUGUAUAUACCAUGUAUAUGAGGGGAUACUUUGUCUUGGGACACUCACCAGACUGUACAUAUUGUGUUCAUUUUUUCAUGUACGUUUGAUGUAGUAUUCUUUGUAUCUAUUUGUUUUGCAGUUUGUGAAAUGUUUUAUAAUGUCCCUGCAUUGGGACCUGAUAGAAAGCACUUUAUUUUUUAUAUAUUAAAUAUUUAUGUGUGUAUUUGAGUAACUAUGUAUUAUACAUAUAAACAUGUGCAUACAAUAUUCAGUGCUCCCUCUAGGUACUACUUGGUUUAAAACACUUUUAACUGCAUUAAUUUGUGGGGAUUUUUUUAUCUUACUUACUGUACUUUCUAUCUUACACUUACUCUAGGGACAGCAUGUCUCUUGUCCUGUAAUGACAUUGGUGAUUUGCUCAGUUUACUAGUUAAAAUCACAGAAUGAUAUGGGGUUGGAAAGGACCUCUGGAGAUCAUCUAGUCCAACCCUCCUUCAAAGCAGGUCCACCUAGAGCAGGUUGCACAGGAACUUGUACAGGUGGGUUUUGAAUGUCUCCAGAGAUGGAGACUCCACCACCUCUCUGGGCAACCUGUUCCAGUGCUCUGCCACCCUCGAAGUAAAGAAGUUCCUCCUCAUGUUUAGAUAGAACUUCUUAUGUUUGUUUGUCCCUAUCACCCUUUGUCCUGUCAGUGGGCACCACUGAAAAAAGACAGGCUGCACCCUGUCUUGAUCAGAUUUCCCCUCAGUCUUCUCUUCCCCAGACUAAAAAGACCAAAGUCCCUCAGCCUUUCCUUAUAAGAGAGAUGUUCUCAGCCCCUAAUCAUCUUUGUAGCCCUUUGCUGUACCCUCUUCAGCAGUUG